AUUGCGUUAACGGUGAGGGGAGAAUGGGGACAUGUUUAAAUAAAUCAGGUCAUUAAAACAUUAGGUAUUGGCUUUGUCCAAACGGUGUCGUUAGCUAGUCUUUACGGUUACAUAACUGUUAGCUAGGUAACGUUUCAUCAUCAGACAGAUACAUUUUUAGCUCGGUACUGUUGGCUAGCUAAUAGCUCCUGCGAACUCAUUUGAAGCUCUGCUCAAACAGAGUCGACGAAGGAGUAAAACGACGAUAGUUUUCUAUUUGAUGACCUCACAAGGGAUUCCACAGGUGACCUCACAAGGGAUUCCACAGAUGACCUCACAAGGGAUUCCACAGGUGAUUCCACUGUUCUGGUGACAGGAAGAAGAUCGGACCCUGAAAUAACUUGUCUUUGACAGAGACUCAUAAUGCAGCACUUCCCGAGGCUCCCAGUGUGGCAGGAGAUAUAGGAGACCUGUGAAUACACAGGUGAGAGACACACCUCACACUAGUGAGGCUCCAUUCAAUAACAAGUUGUUAUUUUUAUUUUUACAACAACAGAAAAAAAAACAUUCUAACUCUGCUGAGACAAAAUGAGUUCUGAGAAGGAAGCAUUGAUGGAUGAAAUCGAAAAGAGUUUAUGGAAUUUAACUGAGGACAAUUUACGUUAUCUGUGUGAACGUCAUGGCAAAGAUGGAUCUGAAAUUAAAGGGAUGAAUCAUCGCUUAUUAAGGCGUAAAGUCAUGGAGGAAAUGUGGGACAAUACGGAGUCAAUGAAAUCAGAGGAGCAGGGAAUCUCUUGGUUAGUCCAACUGAAAGAGGACAUCAGGAGGACACAGGAGGAGGGUAGCAGUGCACUUAUGAGUCCCGGCCAAUCAGAUGAUGUAGACCACAAUGAAGAACACAACAAGGGGGACAGGGAUUGGUUGCCGAGCAACGGACUGACAGCAGAACCCUUGCAUCCCAGCCAAUGUGAUGAUGAUGCUGUCGACUGCGAUGAAGAAUGGAAUGAAGAGGGAGGAGCUGGGUUGCUUAGCAACACACCAGACCAGAGUAAAUUAAAGAGGCACAUCAGAUCGCACACUGUUAAACAACACACAGUGAAUCCCUCAGUGAAACCUCACCACUGCUCUGAUUGUGGGAAACAGUUCAUUGUAAAAUCAAGCCUUAAACAUCACCGGCUAGUUUUUCACACAGAUCACCCUCAUCGCUGUGGUCAAUGUAAGAAGAGCUUCAUAACUGCAGGAAGGCUGGAAUCACACACAAAAACACGACACCCGCCAAGUGAUCCUCUGAAGAACCCACACGUGUGCUCUAAAUGCGGUAGGGCAUUCCCUGUGGCUGCCAGUCUUAAGAGACACCUGAGAACUCAUACUGGGGAGAAACCGUACGUCUGCCCCCAGUGUGGAAAGGACUACAGUGACUGUGGAAACUUGAGGAAACACAUGAGAAGAACUCACCCAGUAGAAGAGAUGGUUGUGGAGAGUUUCGCCACUCAGAGGAGCAUCCCUACAGGGAAUGUGGAGGAAAUGCAGGACAAUACGGAUUCAAUGAAAUCGGAGGAGCAGGGACCAUCUUGGUCACUCCAACUGAAAGAGGACCUCAAAGGGAUACAGGAGAAUGGUGGCGUUGUACCCAUGAGUCCCGGCCAAUCCGAUGAUGCUGCAGACUGCAACGUUAAGGACAGGGAUUGGUUGCCUAGCAACGGACUGAAGGCGGAGCCCAUGAGUCCCGGCCAAUCCGAUGACGAUGGUGCUGAUGACGACGAUGAUGACGAUGAUGCUGUAGACUGCAACGUUAAGGACAGGGAUUGGUUGCCUAGCAACGGACUGAAGGCGGAGCCCAUGAGUCCCAGCCAAUCCGAUGACGCUGUAGACUGGGACGAGGAGGACAGGGAUUGGAUGGCUAGCGAUGGGCUGGAGGUGGAGUUGUCUCCAGAGAGACACACACUAGAGCAGAGAGUGAGAGAGGACAAACCUCCCCUGCCCCCCUUUGCCCUCCCAGAGUCCCCGGUAGCGGUCCCCGGUGCCUCUCCCGGUAGCGACUUAUUGAGUGGUCUGAAGAGUGUGUCUGUGUGGCUGGUCGACUGCAGGAAGACACCAGGGCAGAGUAGCCAUAUAAUACACAAGACAACACAGACGGGAGAGAAACCCCACAGCUGGUCUAAUGCUGAACAACACAAAACCCUCUCAGGAGACAGGCCUGGCUCCCACAUCUGUGAUCACUGUGGGAAGAAUUGUAUCACUGCUACCAAUCUGAAAACACAUUUACCGUGUCUGUCUGGAGAGAAACCACACGUCUGCUCUGAAUGCGGAAAGAGUUUCACACAGGCCGGCUGUCUUAAGAGACACCUGAGAACUCAUACUGGGGAGAAACCGUACGUCUGUCCUCUGUGUGGGAAGGCUUCUACUGAUUCUGGAAACUUAAAGAGACACAUCAGAAAAACUCACCCAGGAGAGGAGGUCAUUGUGAAGAGACUUGCCUAUCAGAAGAGCGUUCGUAAUGCUAAGGAAUACAAACAAGCCCACUCCGGAGAUGGCUCUCAUAUCUGUGAUCACUGUGGUAAGAAUUUUACCACAGCGAGAAGUCUAAAACUACACAUGCAGUCCCUGCAGAGAAGGAGAGAGAACUUGACUGCAGAGAAAGCUCAUGUGUGCUCUGAAUGUGGAAAGGGCUUCCAUCAGGCUGGCAGUCUUAAGAGACACCUGAGAACUCAUACUGGGGAGAAACCGUACGUCUGCCAUCAUUGUGGGAAGGCUUGCAGUGAUUCUGGAAACUUACAGAAACACAUCAAAAGUCACAUGGGUAAACAACACACAGUGAAACCUUACCUCUGCUCUGAAUGUGGGAAACAGUUCAUUGGAAAACAAAGCCUUGAACAUCACCGGGAGGUUUUUCACACAGAUCACCCUCACCGCUGUGGUCAAUGUAAGAAGAGCUUCAUAACUGCAGCAAGAUUGGAAUCGCACAUAAAAACAAGGCACCCGCCAAGUGAUCCUCUGAAGAACCCGCAUGUGUGCUCUGAAUGUGGAAGGGGAUUCCCUGUGGCCGCCAGUCUUAAAAGACACCUGAGAAUCCAUACUGGGGAGAAACCGUACUCCUGCCCUCAGUGUGGAAACAGUUACAAUGAUCGUGGAAAUUUAAAGAAACACAUCAGAACGCACACAGAAGAGAAACCCUACCACUGCUCGGUGUGUGGGAUGAAGUUCCGUCAUACAAAAACGUUACAACGGCAUCACCAGGAGAACCACAAGGGGGAGACACUGGGUCCCAUCCACAGGCACCAAGACCCUCUUCCAUGCCCCCACUGCGGGGAGGAGUUCUCAUCCAAGGCUCUUCUGAAGGAUCAUCUACGGACCCACUCUAGCCGGGUUCACUGCUCCCGAUGCGACAAGACCUUUUCCACUAAAAGUAACUUACUGGUUCAUCAGCGGAUACACACUGGAGAGAGGCCUUACCUUUGCCCUCAGUGUGGGAAGAGUUUCUCUCUGGCAGGGAGUUUAAAACUUCAUCUCCGGAUUCAUGCGGGUGAGAAACCUUACUGCUGUACUUACUGUGACAAGAGAUUCACAAGUAAGAGUCACUGCAAUCUUCAUCUGCGUAUCCACACUGGAGAGAAACCGUACCAAUGCCCUGACUGCGGGAGGUGUUUCGCUGACGGUAAUGUCCUGAAAAACCACCGGCGGACCCACACAGGAGAGAAACCGUUCCAGUGCCGCUUGUGUGAUAAAGCCUUCGCUCAGUUGAGCAGUCUGAAGAAACAUCAGGACACACACAGGCAAACACAGCCUGUCUCUGUCCCAAGACUCCCUAAUCCCUACCCACCACCCAAUCAGCAUGUCCCUUAUCCCUACCCAUCACAGACUCAAUGGUAACCUGGUUUACACCUUACCAAGUUGUCCGGUGUCCUGUUACCCGGUCACCUAUCUGUUACCCGGUAACCUAUCUGUUACCCGGUAACCUAUCUGUUACCCGGUAACCUAUCUGUUACCCGGUAACCUAUCUGUUACCCGGUAACCUAUCUGUUACCCGGUAACCUAUCUGUUACCCGGUAACCUAUCUGUUACCCGGUAACCUAUCUGUUACCCGGUAACCUAUCUGUUACCCGGUAACCUAUCUGUUACCCGGUAACCUAUCUGUUACCCGGUAACCUAUCUGUUACCCGGUAACCUAUCUGUUACCCGGUAACCUAUCUGUUACCCGGUAACCUAUCUGUUACCCGGUAACCUAUCUGUUACCUGUCCCAGAUAGGAAGGAUGCAUUUCUAACGUAUUGGGACAGGAACCUAGACUCAGUCUGUCCCAAAACCCAACCUGCCAUGCACUCAGUGAAUGCUAAGCUUGCUUAAACCUGUCCAUUCCCUUGUAGAUUAACUAGAUGGAAAUGAAUUGAAGGAUCCAUUUUAUUUUAUUAUAUUAUUAUAUUAUAUUUUAAUUUGUUAUGAUUUAAUUGAGGCAGGUUUGCAGUCAUUGAGGAAUAUGCUGUAUAUAGAGCUUGGAAUAGAAUGGUGUUUUGUCCAUCUGUCUCAAAAUAAUUAUUUUGCUCAAAGUUCAUAUUUAAUCUCCAGAGUUUUUGUAUUCACAGUUGAUAUUUGGAUAUGUUGUUCAUUUUAAAAAGUGUAUCAAAUUCAUGACCUCAACUGGUGGAAAUAAAAUUGUGACAAUGA